CUCCGACGGAGUCUCCUCAUUACCAGUGGCUCAUUCACGAAUCCCCUCCCUUCACCACCUACGCCAGUCUAAUUGGUUCGCGACGCGUUCGUGCUCUGCUCAAAAGGCAUAAGGAAUCAUCAAGGCUUCUGCGUUGCCUUCCCUCCAAACCCGUCUAGUCUCGCCGCCUUUGACGCCAACGGCACCUGACGACUUGAAGCCAGCGACACCCUCCCCAAUCAUGGCUUCCCAGCAGGGACAGGGCGCAGGUGGUCCGGGAGGAUAUCAGCAGCCUCAGCAGGGUAGCAUGAAUGGACAAUUUAGGCCGCCUGCGCCUCCUGGUACUCAGCUGGGUCGGCCGCCAUUUCCUCCGGGCACGAAUGGCUUCCCAGGUCGGCCUCCCCCUCCAGGCUCACAGUUUGCCCGGCCAUCUGGGCCCGGACUGGCUCCCGGCCAACAACCACCUCAACUGGCCCGACCGGGCAGCACCGGACCCGGUCCAUUCCCACAGCAAGGCAGGCCAGGUCAGCCCCCCAUGCCCAAUCCUCAACAGCGCGUCAUGAGCCCGCCAGGCCAGGGAGGCGUGCCAGCAUAUCCGCAACAACAAUUACCUCCACGCAACGGAGGUCUCACGCCAGCGCCACCUGGCGAGCAGGGCCGGGCAAGUCCUCGACCCGGUAUGCCUCCCAUGCCUCAAGGCGCUCGACCGUUUCAGCCUGGUGCCCUUCAGGGCAGACCUGGAGUCCCACAGCAGCAACCUCAGCAAGGACCGGGAAACCCGCAAAGUCUGCACGCUCAAAUGUCAAAUAUGAACCUUGGUCAGCAAGGUGGCUCUGCCGCGGCUCCUGCUACUGCGUUGUCGCCGCCACCGGCAGAGGGUGCAGCUGCUGCUAGCUCCAAGAAUAAGCGGAGUGCUCGUGCGUACCAUCAGCAGGAGGAAGUUGCCCCCGCAGGUCAACAGGGCGGGCUGGGACCUCACGGCUAUGGUCAGCCCCAGCAAGCGGACUGGCAAGCCGAAGCAGCAGCGCGCGUUGCAGCAUACGAGUCCCAAUUGGAAGGUGACGCAGAUGCAGCGCUGGAUCAAUACCCUGGACAGCGUAAUGUGUUGUCCCCAGAACAAGCGGCAGCAAAUCAGCAGCGCCUAGCGAGUAUGCAGGCUCAAGCUCAAGGUCAACGUGGUCAGUUGCAAGCGCCCGGUGGUGCUGGAGGAGCCUUCAUGCAAUCGAUGCCCAUAACGCCUGGCCCUCCUGGACCGCACACUCCGGGUGCCCCCAUGCAGUCCGGCUUUGCUCACCAGCAAGCUGGUCAGCCAGGUGGGAUCAGCCAACCUCCACACCAGGCGGGCCAGCGCUUUGCCGGCCCUCGCAGCAAGAUUGAUCCUGAUCAGAUACCGGCACCGGUCGAAGCUCAAGACGCAGAUCAAGAAUUCUUUGACAAGGAAUGGUUUGCGACUUGCGGACGCGGAGGGUUGCCGUUGAGCACAACGGACUUUGGCGCAGUGGACCAGGGAAAUUGCUCUCCCAAGCACAUGCGGCUCACGACUUACAGCUUGCCGUUCUCGGAUGAGCUGGCUUCCAUGUCGCAGCUUCCCAUCUCGCUUGUAGUCCAGCCCUUUGCUCAGCAGAGACCCGAUGAGCUGCCCGUGCCUGUUGUUGAGUGCGGUCCAAGCGGUCCUCCUCGAUGCAAGCGGUGCAGGGCUUACAUCAACCCUUGGGCCAUUUUCGUUGAAGGAGGCCAAAAGUGGUGCUGUAACCUUUGCGGAACAGCCACGGAUGUCGCGCCUGACUACUUCUGCAAUUUGGACAUGGGAGGCAGACGAGUAGAUUUCGAGCAAAGGCCGGAACUCAGCCGGGGUACGGUGGAAUUCAGAGUGCCGAAAGAGUAUUGGGCCGUGCAGGCAAGCCCACCAGCUAGCGUCUUGCUACCAGUCGCUCCUGCCCUGUCGCUCACUGAGACUGCAAAGCUGAGUCCUCGCCCGGACAACGCACCUAGCGAAGCAUUUGCGGGCUCAACAAUGGGUCUUGGUGGACAAGGCGGACAAGCCGCCAAAGCUGCGACGAAGGCCGCGAGUGAGGCGCUGAGCAACACCCUGACCAUCGGCCAAGGACGCACGACUGUUCGCGCUCCGAGGCCUAUGACGUACUUCUUUGCGAUUGACGUGUCCUUUUCCGCCGUCAGGUGUGGCAGCCUUCAAAAAUGCAUCGAGAGCAUCAGGGAAACCCUGUACGGACCUAGGGGCGCUUCUGGCACGAACAGCGAAGCUGCGAACGAGGAAGCUCCCGGCUUUGGAUUGCCUCACGGCAGUCGCGUGGUGAUCUUGACCUUCGACAGGGCUUUGCACUUCUACAACUUGCUGCCGAGCUUGGAACAAGCUCAGAUGCUCGUUGUCGCAGACAUCGACGAGCCCUUUGUUCCAAUCAGCGAAGGUCUGUUGGCAGAUCCAUGGGACUCCAAGUCGCAGAUCGAAGGCCUGCUCGACAGCUUGCCUACGAUGUUCGCCGAAAAUUCCGCUUCCGAAGCCGCUCUCGGUGCUGUUGUUCGAGGCGUGCAGGCCACGCUGAGCACGAUCGGAGGUCAAGCGAACAUUUUCCUGUCUACGAUUCCCACUCUGGGACCUGGCGCAUUGAAACAUCGAGAAGACACGAAGCUGUAUGGCACGGACAAGGAGAGGAACCUCUUCAUUCCUCAAGACGGCUGGUAUAGGGGAGUUGCUGAGGAGUGUGUUGAGGCCGGAAUCGGUAUCAAUGUCUUCUUCUUCCCCAGCCAGUACAUCGAUGUGGCCACCAUCGGCACCUUGAGUGGAGUAACUGGAGGAGAGCUCUUCUUCCACCCUCGUUUCGAUCCCGUCAGAGAUGGCGUCAAGCUGGACGCUCAAAUUAAGCGUGCCGUGCUGCGCGAGACGGGCUACAAUUCGACCAUGCGCAUUCGAUGCAGCAACGGCCUGCAUGUGACGGAUCACUUCGGCAACUUCUUGCAGCGCAAUUCAACGGAUCUGGAGUUUGCAAAUGUGGAUGCGGACAAGUCUAUUGCGGCGCUCAUCAAGCACGAAGCCAAGCUGGACGAGAAACAAGAAGCCCACUUCCAGUGCGCCAUCUUGUACACUACUGCUUCGGGAGAGAGACGAGUGAGGUGUUCGAACUUGGCAGUGCCUGUCACCAGCUUGCUUGGCAACGUAUUCCGAUACGCCGACUUGGACAGCACUGUUGCCUACUUCAUGAAAGAAUCAAUAUCGCUUGCACACACCAAGUCGUUGCGGGACGUUCGCCACUACCUCACUGAGCGGUGCGUCAAGAUUCUCCUAGCGUAUCGACGUAAUUGCGCCUCCUCGACGAGCCCGGGUCAGCUCAUCCUGCCAGAGAGCUUCAAGCUGUUGCCGCUCUACGCUCUGGGCAUCAACAAAACCAAAGCCAUCAAAGGAGGCAACGUGACGUCGGACGUCAGAACGUACCACAUGCGAACGUUGAGGGGCAUGGGCACCAACUUGAUCAUGUCUGCACUGUAUCCGAGAAUGAUUGCCUUGCAUCGCAUGAGCGAUGAUGAUGGAGAACCCAUCAAGAUCCAACAAACCAAUGGGGAUGGUUCGGAGACGCAGGUGGAAGGUAUGAGGAUCAAGUGUCCUCCGCUUCUGCGCCCCAGCUAUCAGCGCAUGGAAGCGCAUGGAGCUUAUUUGUUGGAGAAUGGAGACAUGUGCAUCUUGUGGCUCGGCAGUCAAGUCAAUCCGAGGUUGCUGGACGACCUGUACGGCGUCAACAGUUUGGAGGAGCUCGAUCCUCGCAUGACGACCCUGCCUAAGCUGCCUACAAAGCUGUCCAAGCAAGUCAGAACGCUCGUGCAAAGCUUCGCGACGCAGCGCAGCAAACCUGCUUUACCCGUCUUCAUUGCCAGACAGAAUAGGGACGGCAUGGAAGUGGAGCUGGCCAACAACUUGGUGGAGGAUCAGAAUAACGACAUGAUGUCCUACGUCGACUACUUGUGCCACGUACACCGCGUCAUCUCGAGCGAGGUCAGUGGAGCGGGCAAUGCGGGCAAGACGGACGGCGCAGAUGCGGGGUAUUGGAGAAGCUGGUGAUGCGCUCGUCAGAUUGUAUGUAUCGUAUCUUUCCCCCAAAAGAAAGCGGUCACAAUUGAAUGGCCCGACAAGACGAUUCUGCA